AUGGCCCCUUCCAAGAAAUCCCAACCUAAAAGAGGUGCCGAGAUGGAACGCGCCAUUCAGCUCGUCAGCAAUGGUAUUCUGCACAUGGCCCAUAACAUGACAGAAGGAUCAUUGGAUUUUACCCAGGAUGUUACAAUACAAGCAGGACAAAUUUACGAUGAUUUGUUUGAAAUGGUGGAGAAUUCUCAAGCGGCAGAGGAUUUCAUCAAUCGUUCCAUCGAGGCCGAACAGGCGUUCGAGGAAGGUCUUCGGGAAGGCCGUCUAGAAGGUGGCGAAGAAGGGGAAAAACGGGUGUUCGAGGAGGGUCUCCUUGAAGGUCGUCGAGAAGGUCGUGAGGAAGGUAAAGAAGCCGCGGAGAAGAUUAUCAGGGAGCAGUAUUGGGUUGGAGGAUUGGUGACUGCACUCGUGAUGAUUGUGGUUGUUGUUUUCACCAGAGUCUCCAAGUCUGCUUGUGCUUGUCCGUAG